AUGUCAGAAGAAGUGUCGCAACAGGCCGCAGACGCGCAGGUCUUGACCGGCAAGGCAAAGAAGGCCAAGCGCUCCGAGGAGAGAUACAAGAAGAACAAGAAGAGCAAGACCGAAGAGACAACCACCGCCGAUGCGCCAAAGAACGACGAGGCCGCCGCAGAAGCAAACAACGAGAAUGCCACAUCAGACAAGUCUUCAUCCAAGAAGCGCAAGCGAUCGCAAGAAGACAAGGAGCAACAAGCACCCACAGAAAACGCAGCACCCGUAGAAGCCAAACAGCAAAAGAAGCGCAAGAAGGAAGCCUCGGCCAACAAGGAACCGCUAGCCAAAAAGGCAGGAGACACAACAACAACAACAGCAGCAGCAGACGGCGAUGAAGCAGCCGCAGCAGCAAAAAACCAGCGCUUCAUCGUCUUCAUCGGCAACCUCCCCUUCACAGCCACCACCGAGCAAAUCACCGAGCACUUUGCUUCCAUCCAACCGCAAUCCGUGCGCCACUCUACCGAAAAGGGCACGAACAAGAGCAAAGGCUUUGCCUUCCUCGAAUUCGCAAACUACGAUCGCAUGAAGACGUGUCUGAAGCUGUACCACCACAGCAUGUUCGACAGCGGUGUUGGUGGCGAGAGGGGCAAGCGCAGAAUCAACGUUGAGCUCACGGCUGGAGGCGGUGGCAGCAAGAGUGAAGGCAGAAAGGAGAAGCUCAAGGAGAAGAAUGUUAGGCUUAACGAGCAGAGACAGAGGAGGGCAGAGGCAGAGGCUAAGCAGGAGAAGCGCAAGGCUGCGAAGGAAGCCAAGAAGAACGGUGCUCCUGGUGCGGACAAGGGAGAGGAAGCACCCGAGCCUGAGGCCGAUGCAGCAAUUCCAGAAGGCAUACAUCCCGCCAGACUGGCCAUGCUGCAAAGGAUAAACAACCGAUAG